AUGCAUACUAGAGUUUCAAGUGUAUUGGAAUUCAGAAAAACUCAGCCACGGAAGCGUUCGGACAGAAAUUUGACAGAAAUUGCUGUAUCACGUUCAGUCGAUGAAGCACUGGCUACAAGAAUUACGACACUGGAACGGCGAUGUUUUAGUAAUGAACAGUACAGUCGACGUGAAUGUGUCGAAGUUACUGGAAUUGAUGAAUUGGUUGGAGACGAUUACAUUGAGGAAAAAUUAUGUCACAUUUUAAAAAAAAUAGACAUCGACAUAACUCCAGAUAAUAUUAAGGCCUGUCACCGCCUAAAGAAACGUGACAGGGUUAUAGUAAAAUUUUCCCGAAGAAAAGAUUGCUUGGAAACACUAUUUAACAGGUCCAAAUUGAAGAAUAUAGAUGGCAGAGUUUUUGAUCUAUCUGCUGGUACUAAAAUAUACAUCAACGAAAGCCUGUGUUCCUACUAUAAAAAUAUCUGGAACAAGUGCAAAAACUAUGGCAACGAAAGCAGUUACAGUCUUUCCGCGUAAGUAAUGGCACAGUUCGGAUUAAAGUUAAUGAAUUUGGAGAUAUUACUCCAAUAACUCACAUCCAAGAUCUCAAAAACUUAUUCAAGGAAGUAGAUAUUGAUAAUUUGUAAGUGAUAUUUUGGUAAUUGUAUAAACCCGUGACACGCCCCUUUUUUCGACCCUUUUUCCUAGUUUUAUUGACUACUUGGUGCAUUUUUGCCGUUUUGAAUUCCAACAAGUUCCUUCGCCUCAUCAUCAAUAAUGGCGUACCUUGCUGCGACUUGUGUCUCAGUAUGUGAAUCUUCUUGUUUUCUUUGCGAUAUAAAUUUCUAUGGUCUUACUCUUUUUUCUUUUGUCAGUUCCUUUGAUAGUUCAUUUUAGUUUUUCUAUUAUUGUACAUUAUGAUCUAUCCCAAGUGUAUAAUCAUGUGGUUUAGCUAGCUAUACCAUUUUGUGUUUACAACUUUCUAGAAAGUUAGUCUGUGUCUCUUGCCCUAACUAAAAGACACUAGUGUUAAAUUUCUAGAUAGAUUGUUUGUGUUAUUACUCUGCUCGUUUGUUUUGUUUUGUUGUUGUUUUUUAGUUGUUUUGUCUUGAUUUUUAUUAUUUUAUAUUAUAAGCUCCUAUAGCCUAUAAAUGCCACAGUACCCUGGUGGUAUUUGUGGCAAUUCUGUAAGUUCUAAUCACAAAGCUGUACAAUGUGAUUAUGAAGUUUGGGGUCAACCUGGUCAUCACUAUAUUGAUCGUAUUUACUGUUUACAACGUUGUGCAGUUAGACUAAUUUCUUUUGCGCAAUGCAGAAUGACUUCUACCCCUCUUUUUUCUAAUCUUAAUAUUUUAAAACUUGCUGAUUUGGUCCACAUGAAAAAUGUAAUUUUUUUGUACAAUUUAUAUCACGGAAAACUCCCAGAGGCACUUUUUGAUACUUAGUUGACUUUUCCCACUCUUACCGGACUCGUGGAUCUAUUCUUGGUUUGAUAAAUCCCCCCACUGUGUUAAAUAAAUCCUUCGGCUUGAACUCUAUUCGAAGUCAGUCCAUUUAUUCAUGGAAUUUUGUACAAAACUCCUUUCCCUCAA